UAAGGGGGUCGCGGCAAUGGAAUAGCAGCAGCGCUGUACUGGUAUUUUUUGUUUUAGCAUUUUUUGACUGAAUCGCUGUUGUUGGUUUUAUUUUUCUUCUUUUGCUCUGCUGUGCUGAAUUUAUAUUUGCCUAAAAGCCGAAAAGCGCACGUAAUCUGUAGCAGAGACCACGGAAGUUUUCAAAGGCAUCAUCAUCGCUGUCGUCAUCAAUAGCUAGGCAACAUCGCACAAUAAUUCCUUCAUCAUCAUUAGUAGCGUCGUACGAAGCAAUAUAAAAAUCUGAAUUAUUUGAACGUUGGCGGUAGCCUAUGACUGAAAUGUGACUCAGGCUUAACACCAAGCAUAAAUACAAUAAAAGAAGAAAUAAGCAUCAGCGAUGAGUGUAGCCUAAACGCAUCCAGUGGUUUAUGAAGCGAAGGCACAGUCAUUGGUUUAUAAGCCGUUGUAGAUUAGAGUUGGAAGUGAUAUCAGAAGUGCAAAAGAAAGUUGACUGCAAUCAACGCAAAUAAUAUAAGCAACAUAGCGCAAUAAGAUGGGCGCUAUAUUAGCCAAGUUCAGGAAAGAGAAGUCCACCGAUGAGGUGCUCGAGGGACUGGAGGAGAAAAUCAAGCAGAUUGAAAAAUAUACAUUAAAUACAAAGGAGCAGAAGCGACGCAUUGUAGGCAAUUUUCUAGCCACAUCUAUUGGCAUUUAUGUGAUCGCAUUUAUUGUUUUUUACUUUGUCUAUUUUCCGCCGACAUGGCGAGAGCGGAUCAUUUACUCAGUGCCAUUGUUUUUGUUUCCAUUUGUCAUUAUAUUCCUGCGACGUUUAUUUACGUGGUAUUUUGAGCGAAAGUUGAACAAAAACUCCAAUAAGUUGACAGCAUUGCAUGAAGAGAAAAAGAAAAUAUUAGAGCAGGUCAUGGACAAGGAGACAUACAAGGUAGCCGUAAAACUGCUGGCAAGAUAUGGCAGUCAAAAAUCCGUGAACGUUUUGACGCCUCGUGUUCCACCUGCUGGCAACUUAAACAUUGCAGCACAGCGACUUGCUAUUGCUCCGUCGCCAAAUGCGCCCGCAAACGUGUCCAGUCUGCAAGAUCUCCGAUUGCGCGCACCUUUGAGCACUGCUCCGCUUUCGCUUACGCCACGUCAACGCUUAAGCAGUUCACCGGCGGCAACUGGAGUGCCGGCUGCAACUGGCCAAGCGCUCAUACCACGUGCGCCGUUAGCAAUCACACCACAAAGGCGACCAGUUGGCGGUGCCUUAGCUGGCCAAGAGUUGCGUAGACGAACACCAUUUCCAGUGGUCAAUCAACAGGCUAAGGGUGUGCUGGAACGUAUCGUUGAUGUACUUAUUGGUGAUGGGCCAAAAGAUCGAUUCGCUAUGAUAUGCAAAGAGUGCUUCUCACAUAACGGCAUGGCCCUCAGAGAAGACUUCGAUUACACUACGUUUCGCUGCGCCUUUUGCAAUGCGCUGAAUCCGGCACGUAAAGCACGACCCAUUGCGCCACGUCUGCCGGAACAGCAUUUCUUACAUCAGAAGCGUGGCUCCAAUUCUUCGUCAUCGUCACCGACAGACAUCGACUCUGAAAAUGAUGAACCUGUGGCUCCGCUGUCUACAACAGGAUCGGCAGCAGUAACGCCACGCAUUCAAUUGACUGAAGCAACCAAUACACCAGUAAAAACAGCAGCAGCAGCAGCAGCAGCAGCAGCAUUUGAUAAAUUAAAUGCACUUGGCGUAAUGCAACGUCAACCGGAAAUUGGAGGGGGCGAUGCACCUGGAGCAAUGUCUGAAAAUGCUGCUGAUGCAGCUGGUGAUGAGGAAGAGCCGCAACUAGAGCGGGAAAAAGCGGAAGAGCAGCCGCAAGAAACAGUAGCCGCAAAAGUCGUUGCCAAUUUGCAGGCACUGCAUGCCACCGAAGAUGAUGAGUUGAGUAGACUGCAAGAGCGUUUCGCCCAAAUGUAUGCAAUGGAUGAUGUUGGCGGCGAGCAGCAGCAAUUGCGAGCUGUUGAAACAGAUGCAGAUAAACAAUUACGCGAGCUGGAGCAAGCGGAGCAAUUGGAUGAAUUGAAAAAAUCAAAAUAACACUAAUUAGCACUACUAAAGUUGGCUUUAUGGAGUAGCCAAAUAUGGAGGUGGAAAAGGAAAAAGAAGAAGAAGCAGUGGGCAUGGCAUUCUAUUGUUCUUUUGCCUUACUUUUCAACGGCGAAAAUUGUUGAAUGUUGCGCUUGGAGUCUUGUUACUUAUUUAUAAAAAUUAAAACGAAAAAAAACUACAUCAAAAAUAUUUAUGAAUGGAGAGAAUCGAUUUUAACAUUACAUAAUUUGUUCGUAUGUUCUUAACAUUUUUGUUUUUUUUUUUUUUAAUUCUUGCAAUUUUAAAAUAUUUAUACUCAUUAAUUUUUAUAAUUUGCAUUUGAUUUUUUUGUAUAUACGAAUAUUUGUGGUGUAUUUCACUUAGAGUCAAAGCAAAAUACAUCCACGCUUAACUACUUUUACUCGAAAAUUAAAUGAGCGAGCUUUUGAUAUUCUUAUUUUUAAAUGAACUAGUGAAAUGCUUAAAGCAAUUAAACUGAAUUUAAAAUAAUGUAAUGCACAUUUGUACAUAUUUUUAAAUAUUUUAGCGAAUGAAUAUUUAAAUGAUAUGCAUUGAUUGUAUGGAAUUUUAUAUCGAACAUCGAGAGAAACAAAUCAUAUUGAAUAAUUAAAAUGUCAUAUUUUAAAUAUA